AUGCCGGACCAGGCCACCCAACGGACGGACACCAAGGAUAUCAAGGCGGAAAAUCGGACUGUCAUCAAGAAUAUCGAGCCGAAAAAGGAAAAUUUGAAUUGUCAAAGCCAGAUCAAACUCGAUCCCGGCGAAGUCUUCGAUGUCAAAUCCCCGAUCCACCCGACCGAUGGCGUCGACCAACGAGAUCCGCUGGCGGAAGGAACAGCAGCGACACCCCACAGGAUGCCGACGACGAGGAUAUAUUACAACGAGAGUCGCGAUCUCUCGGCUGAAGAUCUGGAGAGAAACCUUGCUGCCCUCCCCGAAAUCCCGAUCUCGACGACCGCGAAGGUCAGCAUCGAGGAUCUGCAGGUGGGAGACUCCGGGUCGGCCACACCCGAGGAGAUCGAGAAGUUCCGGCAGAUCAUUCGGAAGAAACGACACCUCCUCAUCGGCAAAGGGAACGCCUUACCCCCGGCGGUCAAAGGCGUCGUGUGUGACAUCGAUGUCGGAAAUGCGAAACCGAUCGUACUGCGAACCCGGAAAGUGCCCACGUGA